GGGCCCGCAGCGGAGCGCGGAGUGCUUCCCGGCUUCCCGGUGUGCGGGUCGUCCGCCUUCACAGCCAGCUCCUUCCCGCGGUCUUCCUCAGCUGAGAUCGCUGCCAUGGCGGUGACAGUGACCCGCACGACCGUCACCACCACCACCACGUCAUCCUCAGGCCUGGGGUCCCCGACCAUCGUGGGGUCCCCUCGGGCGCUGACCCAGCCGCUGGGCCUCCUCCGCCUGCUGCAGCUGCUGGCCACCUGCGUGGCCUUCUCCCUGGUGGCCAGCGUGGGCGCCUGGACGGGGCCCAUGGGCAACUGGUCCAUGUUCACCUGGUGCUUCUGCUUCGCCGUGACCCUCAUCAUCCUCAUCGUGGAGGUGGGUGGGCUCCAGGCCCGCUUCCCACUGUCCUGGCGCAACUUCCCCAUCACCUACGCCUGCUACGCCGCCCUCUUCUGCCUGUCGGCCUCCAUCAUCUACCCCACCACCUACGUCCAGUUCUUGUCCCACGGCCGCUCCCGGGACCACGCCAUCGCCGCCACUGCCUUCUCCUGCAUCGCCUGCGUGGCUUACGCCACUGAGGUGGCCUGGACCCGGGCCCGGCCCGGCGAGAUCACCGGCUACAUGGCGACCGUGCCGGGGCUGCUCAAGGUGCUGGAGACCUUCGUGGCCUGCGUCAUCUUCUCGUUCCUCCACGAACCGCUCAUCCACCAGCACAAGCCCGCCCUGGAGUGGUGCGUGGCCGUCUACGCCAUCUGCUUCAUCCUGGCUGCCCCCCGCCGCUGGAGGGACGUGAGCUGCGGGAGAAGUCACACCUACUACGUGUGUGCCUGGGACUGCCGGCUGGCUGUGGCCAUUCUGACGGCCAUCAACCUGCUGGCUUACGUGGCCGACCUGGUCUAUUCUGCCCGCCUGGUGUUCGUCAAGGUCUAAGACUCCCAGGGUCCCACCCCGUCGACCUCCGUCCUUCCUCUUCCCGUCUCCCCUUCUCCUCUCUCUCCCGUCUCUGACCCUUCUCCCCUGCCCUCUGGUCCCGCUUCUGCCUCCUUCCAGCUGGUGACCCCUCUUCAGGUCUGCUCCCGGUCACUUCUCAUUUCUACCUGUCCUCCU